AUGGCGAUCCGCAAGAAGAGCACCAAGAGCCCCCCGGUCCUGAGCCACGAAUUCGUCCUGCAGAAUCACGCGGACAUCGUCUCCUGUGUGGCGAUGGUCUUUCUGCUGGGGCUCAUGUUCGAGAUAACUGCAAAAGCAUCCAUCAUUUUUGUUACUCUUCAGUACAAUGUUACCAACUCUGCAACAGAAGGACAAGCUUCAGAGUCAGUGUCCCUUUAUUACUAUGGUGUCAAAGAUUUGGCUACAGUUUUCUUCUACAUGCUAGUGGCAGUAAUUAUUCAUGCCAUAAUUCAAGAGUAUGUGUUGGAUAAAAUUAACAGGCGAAUGCACUUCUCCAAAACAAAACACAGCAAGUUCAAUGAAUCUGGUCAGCUUAGUGCAUUCUACCUUUUUUCGUGUAUUUGGGGCACAUUCAUUCUAAUCUCUGAAAACUACAUUUCAGACCCAACUAUCUUGUGGAGGGCCUAUCCCCAUAACCUGAUGACAUUUCAAAUGAAGUUUUUCUUCAUAUCACAGUUGGCUUACUGGCUUCAUGCUUUUCCCGAACUCUACUUCCAGAAAACCAAAAAAGAAGAUAUUCUUCGUCAGCUUGUCUACAUAGGUCUUUACCUUUUUCACAUUGCUGGAGCUUAUCUUUUGAACUUGAAUCAUCUAGGACUUGUUCUUUUGGUGCUGCAUUAUUUCGUUGAAUUUCUUUUCCACAUUUCCCGCCUGUUUUAUUUUAGUGAUGAAAAGUAUCAGAAAGGGUUUUCUCUGUGGGCAGUCCUGUUUGUUUUGGGAAGACUUCUGACUUUAAUUCUUUCGGUACUUACUGUUGGCUUUGGCCUUGCAAGAGCAGAGAACCAGAAGUUUGAUAUCAGUACUGGAAACUUCAAUGUAUUGGCUGUUAGAAUUGCUGUUCUGGCAUCCAUUUGUAUUACUCAAGCAUUCAUGAUGUGGAAGUUCAUUAAUUUCCAGCUUAGGAGGUGGAGGGAACAUUCUGCUACUCAGGCACCAGCUGUGAAGAAGAAACCAACAGUAACUAAAGGCAGGUCUUCUAGAAAAGGAACAGAAAAUGGUGUGAAUGGGACAGUAACUUCAAAUGGAGCAGACUCCCCCCGUAACAGAAAAGACAAAUCUUCAUAAUGAGUUACAAGUUAAUUGAUCAGUGUCCCCAAAGAAAUCUGCUUUUUACCAUAUCUUUCAGCACUAGAGAUUUUUCUGUUCUUGAAAAUACAGUUUGUGCUCUUUGAUUCCUGCUGUUGUACUGUUUCAUGCAUUUUUUUUAAGGGCAUUUGAGGGAAGGAUGAUUUCAAUGAGUGAAAAAAAUGUUUUAGCUUAGACUAAGCUACCUGCCUUCAGAAUAGUGUAGGGACCACCACCGUGUUUUGUUUCUUUACCUUUGAACAUUUUUCUAAUGAUUUGGAGAGACAGCUAUUUACAGAAAUUCCACAAAUCAAUGAUACAGUUUCUUGCUCUCACCAGUUUUUUAUAAUAUUACCAAGGUGGCCUGUUCCAGCAAGGUCAUAUUUUUUAAGUUAUCUUUCAGGGUAAAAUGGAAAUACUAUAAAGUUGGAAGUCAGACUUUAAUGUUUUCAGUGUUCUCUAAUUUUUAGGAAUAUUUUGUAGCAUUUACACCUGGAAAAAAAAAUUUUGUAAAAUCACCAAAAUAACUGUGUGCUUUAUUUUAUAAGUAGUUGUUGUUAGUGUUAUAUUCCCCCUUUUUUUAAAAAAGAAGAUACAUACUAAUGGUUACAGCAUGUGGAAGUUUGUUGCCAUAUGUACUGAAUCAAAAUAUAUUAACAUAAAAGUACAUGUGAAGAAGUAAAAUCUUGUGCAUUUUAAACACUUGGAAAUCAGAAGAUUGUUUGCUAUAAAAAGGAAAAUCUGACUUAUUUAGCCCUUUUUUGUUAUGUCUUUUAAUAAUCAUUCUUAAUAGGGCUUCUCAUAAGUUUGAUAGGGCAGAACAACUUAAAAAAUGUUUAACCUGCAAAUCCUUUUUAAAAAGAAUGCUUACUUGAUUUAUAUCUAUAAAGAGAAUGUCAAGUAAUUAUAUUUGGAAGACAUUUAAUGCACUAACCUUAAAGAAAUUUAAAAUUCAGGUAAAUAUCAUGAAAGACAGUGCUUCAUGUUAUAACUGUAGCUUUGGUCCCAUCUUUAAUUGAGAAACAUUUAUCUAUAUAAAACAUAUUUUUGGAUAAAUAUAUAUAUAUUUGUAUCUCUACAGAAAGACUCUAAAAAGCAUUUGAGUAAAAUAUUUGGUUCCUUCUUCUAUAAUUAUCCUUUAGAAUCCUUAUAGCUAUAUUUGGGUUUUCUUUGUCUUAACAGUACAUAUAUUGCUGCUUUUGGUGUUCACUUUUUGUUCCCAUUUCUCACUUUUGUCACCAGCUAUGUUUGUGCCAUUUUAGUGUAAAAGUUGCAGACUUGUUAGGUCUGCAGUUGAAGCUGCCAUGCUGCUAGAACGUUGUGCUGUUUCCAGCUGUUUACCUACUUCCUGGAGAAAGUAGUAGCUGUCUGUAGCAUUAUGAAAUUUAAGUGGAACCAAAUUUUUGCCAUUAAAAACUGGCAUCAUAUUGAACUUAUACAUGAAAAACCAAUCAAAAUAAAAAUUUUUACUUUCACAA